CCCGGUUGACUUCGGGAAUACUACAGCUGUUAUUAAAUGUGAUUGAUUUCAGCAACUAAGUAACUCUUUUCUCGUUAUUGUGUAUUUGAGCAGACGAGGUAAAGUUGUUAUAUAUAUGACCACGGCUUGUGAUUCUCGUUUAUUAAUCAGUCACGUUGAUCUAUCCUCUGAUCCCGUAAGUGAAACUAACUUCUUUGGCUAACGUUAGCCAAGUUAGCUCGGCUGACUUGUUCAUGGCACCUCUCCGGGUCCUGUGUAUUCAUGGAUACCGUCAGAACUGCAGCUCCUUCCGUGAGAAGACCGGAGCUCUGCGGAAGCUGCUGAAAAAAAACGCGGAGCUGGUUUACCUGAGCGCACCUCUCAAAGUGCAGCAAGCCAGCAAGGAAGAAGUUGCUGAUAAACAGAAUGAUUCAGCUCCUGAGUCUGGAGGUGAUGAUGACCCCAGGGGUUGGUGGUUUUCUGACAUCAAGGCUCUGAGUUUCAGCGCUCAGCAGCAGUGUGAGGAGAGCCUGGGGCUCGACGAGAGCGUGACAGCUGUGAGAGAAGCUGUGAAGGACCAGGGUCCAUUUGAUGGCAUCCUGGGCUUCAGUCAGGGAGCCGCUUUUGUUGCCCUGCUGUGCUCUCUUCAGGAGCAAAAACUGGAGCCAGAUUUCAGCUUUCGCUUUGCCAUCAUCGUGGCUGGUUUCUGCAGCUUGUGCACGGAACACCAGAAAUUUUACAGCUCUCCCAUCCAGAUGCCCUCCCUGCAUGUGUUUGGACUGGAGGACAGAGUAAUCCCUGAUAAGAUGAGCAGGGAGCUCCUCCCCUCCUUCCAAGACCCCCAGGUCCUCAUUCAUCCUGGUGGCCAUUUUGUUCCUGCCGCAUCUGCUCACAGGCAAACAUACCAGGACUUUCUCAAGAGGUUCCAGUGAAAAAUCAGUCACAGGAAGUCCGAAGGGAAUGUGUGACGAUUAAUAGAAUCAGGCUCAAGCGCUUAAAUAUGGCUGGAGAAUGUUGAUUAUUUAAUGUUCAGAAACAUCUUGUGAGAAAAUAAUUGAUUCCAGAUGCACACUGUUUAUUUAAAGUACUCUGCUCUGUGUUUCUUUUUGUGAGCUGAGCAAUAGUCUUACUAUAACCCU